AUGACGACGCAAACUCAAGCACCCGUGAUAAUCAUAGGCGGCAGCCUAGUAGGCCUCGCCAGCGCCCUCUUCCUCUCCGCCCGCGACGUCCCGGUCAUGCUAUUCGAGCGCCACACCUCGAGCUCCCCGCACCCGCGCGCCAUCGGGUACACCUCGCGCACGCUGGAACUCUUGCAGACUGUCGGCAUCUCCCCUGAUCAGCUGAAAGUCGGAUCCGGUCCGCCGGGCGGGAAACCUCGUCGGGUGAAGGUCAAGAGUCUGGCGGGGGAGUGGGCUGAUGAGCAGCUCUGGAAUAACAACGCCAACAAGGAGAACGGUGCCGGCCCGAAGCACGAGACCAAAAAACCUGGAUCUGGUUCCGGUGGACCCCCACCGCAGCAGAAAGGAGGCAAAGUCUAUGCUCCCAUCAUGGGCACGGCGAUCGCCCAAGACAGACUUGAACCCAUCCUCCGCAAACGCGCCGUCGAGCUAGGCGCGGAUCUCAGGCUCGGGUGGAAGAUGACGUCCUGGAGCCAGUCAACGGACGGCGUACGCGUCACGGCCGUCAAUAGAGAAUCAGGGGAGGAAGUGACCGUCGGAGGAUCGUACAUUGUCGCCUGCGACGGCGCGCGGAGCAUCUUCCGCGAGGGCCUGAGGAUCGGGACGACGGGCGUGGGACACUUGCGGAGUCUGUGCAGCGUCAUGUUCCGGUGCGCGCCGAUUGAGAAGUUUCUGGAGCGUGGAUUCGUGCAGUUCUCGAUCGAGGGGCGCGAGGACGGGUUUGAGGCGUUUCUGGUGAGUUAUCACGAUGGGAGGUGGGCGUUGAUGUGGAACGCCGCCGAGGAGACCAUCACCGACAAGGAGGCCGACGGCAAGGACACGAUCAACGUCGGGCACAGCAACAAGAUGGACGCCCGCGCGCAAAAGGACCUCAUCCGCAAAGCCCUCGGUCUCGGCGAGGACGAGAUCCAGGACGGGGAUAUCGAGCUGGUGACGAUUGGGUUCUGGGAGAUGAGCGCGCGGAUCGCGGAGAAGUUUGCCGAGGGGCGGGUGUUUCUCGCGGGCGACGCGGCGCAUACGUUGCCGCCUAACCGGGGCGGGUACGGCGCCAACACGGGGUUCGCGGACGCGCAUAACUUGGCGUGGAAGAUUGCUGCUGUUAGGAGCGGGGUGGCGGACGAGGGGAUUCUGGGGACGUAUGAUGAGGAGAGGAGGCCUGUUGCGCUUGUGAGGCAUGAUCAGCUCUUUGCGAGGGAUGAUUACAAGGCGUAUAUCCGGGGUGAUGGGGGGAAGGGGAAGAAGGUCGAGGUGAUUGACGAUAUUGCCAUGGAGUUGGGGCAGAUUUAUCGGUCUAGGGGGGUGGAUUUGGGGACAGAAGAGGUUUUGCCUGAUGCGAUGAGGCCUGAUGAGUGGAAGGGUCAGCCCGGGACGAGGGCGCCUCAUUUGGUGGUUAGGAAGAGGGAUGGGAAAGAGAUUUCGAGUUUGGAGUUGUUUGGGCGUGGGUGGAUUGUGCUCUCGAGGGACGGGGAUUGGAAGACUGCUGCUGUUGGUGCUGGGUGUGAGUUUGUUCAUGUUGGAGAGGAUGUCGUCGAGGUUGACGAGAGGGAGGGCGAGAGCUUUGAGGAAACGUUUGGGGUUGGGAGGGAGGGCGCUGUGUUGGUGAGGCCUGAUGGGUUUGUUGCCUGGAGGGUUAGCGGAAGGGAGGAUGGUGAUGAUGAGGUAUUUUCUGAGGCUUUCAAGCGGAUUUCUUUUGCGUUAUAG